AUGAUUAUCAGAGUCGAUAAAUGUAGUACCUUUGGCAUCAAGAAAGCCAUCACAAAAUCAGUCCAAUAUUUGCCGAAAUUCAUCAUCAACAAUAAUCUGAUACCAACAGUAAAGAUUGGAGAAGCAUUUCAAUAUUUAGGACGUUACUUUGAUUUUAACAAGUCGAACGAUAACCAUAAGACUGAACUAACCACUCUCGUUAAUGAACUAAUGACUGAUAUUGACUCGAAGCCACUCCACCCAAGAAAUAAGCUUCCCGUAUACAGUCGUUAUGUCUUAUCCAAAAUAUCGUGGCAUUUCACCAUCGCAACACUUUCUAAAACAUGGGUUAUUGAAAAUAUUGAUCCCGUAGUCAACCAGUACAUCCGUAAAUGGCUUGAAAUUCCAAUCUCAGGAACACUAAGUACUGUUUUUCUAACUCGCAACAAAUUUGGUCAAAGUAUUUAUCCUCCAUCGGUGAAAUUUAUCCAAUGCCAAACAGUUCUUCGAAAAGCUUUAAAACUUUCUCCAAAUCAAUCAAUCAACGAACUGGGGAAAUUUACUAAUACUCAUACUAAUAUCCAAUACGACUUUUAUAACUCAACCAAAGAAGUGCUUAAAGACUUUCGGUCUGAACAUGAAGAUAAACUCCAAAAUCAAUUAACUUGUCAGGGAUACUUUUUCUCUAGUGUAACAAAGUUCUCCUUGUCGCAUCUUAGCAAAGUGUGGUCUACUGCUCAAUCAAAGCUUCCGAAAAACAUUUAUAACUUUACCAUACGCUAUAUCAAUAACUCUCUUCCGACACGCAAGAACCUUAGCAGAUGGGGAUUGUCUUCAAGUUCAGAAUGCUUCUUUUGUCUUGGCCCAGAAUCAUUAUUGCACGUGGUCGCUGGAUGUCAGUGUUAUCUCGAUCGAUUUACGUGGAGACACAAUUCAAUCCUGAACUUCCUUGCCAAUACCUUGCAAACUCUGAACGGUUCUGCCCUCUACGCUGAUGUGCCUGGAUUCAAAAGUCCGUCAAUAAUAACUGGUGAUACGUGUCGCCCGGAUUUGUUGCUGUCGUUAUCAAAUGGCUCUCGUUAUGUGGUCGAGCUCACUGUUGGCUAUGAGACAAACCUCGAGAACAACGUUAAUCGGAAAAAAGCCAAAUAUAAAGAACUAGUAAAACAACUAGACGAAAAUUUUAACGAAGUAAACUUUAUAAAUCUUUCCAUGAGCUCCCUAGGUAUUUUUGCGCAAGAAUGCUCUACAUUCUUAGAAAUGUUAGGAAAUGUUGGUCUGGACAAAAACUACCAAACGUACUGUGUUAGAAAAAUGAUGACUAUUGCCAUUCGAAGUACAUACUAUAUUUUUUGCUGCCGAAAUAAGGAAUGA